AUGAGCGAUCUUGCAUUGUCAAAGAUAGGGGGUCUAAUAAAAUCACCCGAAGAUCUCAGUAAACUAGAUGUUAUUCGUCAACAAUUUGCAAAGGAAAAGUCUGCAGUUGAUAUCAAGCUUUCGACGACUACUGGUGUACAAAUUACAUCCAUCAACAACAACUUGACCCAAUUGAAUCAAACUAUAUCGAGUCUAGAGGAAAUAAAGGGAGGUAUAUCUAAAUUUCAAAAUGCUUACGAUGAGUCAGUCACCUCCGUCAAGGAUUAUGAUCUCAUUCGUAAAAUGAUUACAAUUGACCAAUAUUUGAACCAAGUUACCAGCUUGUACCAGGAUAUUAGACAGUUGAGGAGUAUCUUGGAUGCAUUGAACCAAGACAUUACAAAUGAAACUGAGCUGUUGCGAGAAGAUUUGCGAUACCCGUUGCCCAAUAUUCUAAUUAUUCACUAUCGAUACACCCAGAUACGGAAUUUUGCCGAUUACCUCGAAAAUUAUUCACAGUCUCUAUCUGAUGAUUUACAAUCAAUUGUUUACAACAUCACAUCCCCCGUUAGAGAAACCAUUAGGUCGUUUGAUGAAUUGUUAACUGAGUGUAUUAUAUCAAUCACAGAGGCUACAAAGGAUGACAAUUUUGAGAUCUUGUUCAAAGUUGUUACCAUCAUAUUGUGGGAGGACAAGGAAGACGCCAAGCUCAGUAUCAUGCAAAACUUGGACUUGAUUAAGAAUGAUAUGAACAAGAGUUACAAUAACACCCGAAGCAAAAGACGCAAUUACAAGAAAUUCUUUUUUGAAAAAUUCAAGUUGUUUUUCGAAGACACUUUCAACACCUGUGUUGAUCACUAUCAAAGCGACAGAAUUGCACUAUAUGACAACUUGCACUGGCUCGAGGAUGAGCUCACUUUUGUUUACAAAUAUUUGUCACCCUUGUUGCCGAAAGAUUGGCGGUUUGGUGAAUUCACAGAAAAGGUGUUUUAUGACAAGUUACACCAGUACACUAUGGACAUGAUUAACCAUGAACCACCAGCAGAGGAUAUAUUGCGAAUUUUGCUGUAUGAUAAACGGUUUGGUGACUACCUGAAACAACUUGAUGGGUCAGCCAAGUCCAUUAUUGGAGAGGACUUGAAAGGGACCGUCUUGGACGAUUACUUGCGAACCAUCACCGACAAAAUGAGAGAAUGGAACGACAGCUUGAUGAAGCAAGAGACAAAGUACUUUACCGAGCGAUUGAAGGCACCUGACAUGUAUCCGUUUGAACAAGUUGUCGAGGACGAGGAAGGGCCUAAUAAUAUUGUGGACAUGACGGUGCAGAUUCAAGCAUAUGUGUUGCCCGAUUUUAAAACCCCAUUGAACAUGUUGAAACAGCAGGCUGACGUAGCCGCCGAAUCUGGGUAUUCCAAGAUUUUGGUUGAAGUUAUUGAAAGCUGGUGCAAUGCGUACAUUGCCAGGGUGGAGAAUUUCCAAGUUGUUAUUGAUGAGGAGAUGGACAGGUACUUUACUGUCUUUAGCAACGAAAAGUUUCUAAUCAAGGAAAGUAAGGCGAAGAGAUUGUUCAAAAAGAGGCCAACUGUUGUCAAUGUCGACGAAUUAAGUCCCGAAGAGCAACAGAAUAUUUCUAGACCAGGGUUGCUAGAAUACAUGGGUGCGUUGGCAAAUUCCCUAGAGAUUAGUGGUGAGAGCAUGACGAACAAGUUCACCAAUACGUACAAAGAGAAAGUGCACACAAACUACCAUGUCAAGAUAUCACAAGCAUUUGAAAGCGCCGUUUCUUCAUCUGACUCGUUGAAUUCAGAAAUCUGCAUAUCCAUCAGUAAUGUCAUCAUCAAUGACUUGUAUGUUGAACUAUGCAAGUUGUUUACUAAGAAAUGGCUAGAAGAUGGCCUGAAGCAGACGGGGGACAUAAUGAUGGCUACCUUGAUGACUGACACUAUAGCCGAGUACAUGGGGGAGUUGCGGUCGUAUUGUAUUUACACGAUUUACCAAAGUUUGUUUCAAAUAUUCUUGGAUAGAUUUGUUUGUGCUUAUCUCAAAAUUGGAUUUGAAAAUAUAUUGUACGGAGAUGGUAAAAAGAUUAAUCCGGAAACGCAGGGGUACAAAGCAUUUGGUUCGAGGACGCAAAGAGAUGCCGAGUUAUUGUUUGAAGGGCUACAGGAUCUAUUCACAAACAAAGAUAGGCGGUAUCUCUUUUCAACGUUGUCGGCAAUUGACUUUUUGGGCGACUUGGGGAUGUGUCCAGAUCCAAUGGAUUUUAUUCCAAACUUUUGGAAGUACAAAAUUCUUCCUGUGUUUUACAAUUGCUCAAUUGAUUAUAUCAAAGCUGUGGUGUAUUGCCGAAAGGAUAUGGAUAAGCACCAGUGGCGGACAUUGGAGCCGAUUCUAGAGGAUAUAAAGGCAAAAUACCAUGAAGAGGUUGAGCCACCUGAGUUUCCGGUGUUGACUUUGGAUGAUUUUGAGUUUAAUAUAUAA